GAUUGAUUCGAUCCUCUUAAUCUAUCUGCGCCUGCUUCAUCUCCAAUUCCUCUCUCUUUCACCGUUUUCUUCUUCUUCUGCUUCUUCUUCUCUCGCAUUCGCAUGGAGAACGACACCGCCGCCGCCGCCGCUAACAAUAACACCGCCACUGCGAAAGUAGGUUCCGGAGGAGUGAAAUCGAACAAUCAUAACCUAGAGGAAGAGCAUUCCAAUUUGAAUGGCGAGGAGCACAUGGCAGAGCAAGUGGAGGCGGAAGAGGAAGAAGAUCGAGAAGCCGAUGUAGGUGAAGGAGAACCAACUGGAUCUGCGCCCAACCCUCGCCAACCUACGCGAACCCCGUUCACUAAUCUCAGCCAGGUCGAUGCUGACCUUGCUCUUGCUCGAACCCUCCAGGAACAGGAAAGGGCAUAUAUGAUGCUGAGAAUGAAUAAUGAUGGAAGUGAUUAUGGUAGUUGGGAAGGUGAAGGCUAUUUGCAUGAUGAUGGAGAUGAUUUUGAUGAUCUACACGAUGGUACUGACGUGGAUGAGGAUGAUGAUGAUGAUGACGAGGAUGACGACGAAGAUGAUGAUAAUGAGGAGUAUGAAGAUGAAGAUGCAUUUGAUGUCCAUGCUAAUGCUGGAGAACAUGAUAAUCCCAGCAUUGAAUUUGACCCAGAUGUUUUUUCAAGCGAUGAAGCAUAUGCUAGAGCAUUACAGGAAGCUGAAGAGAGGGAGAUGGCAGCUAGAUUGUUGGCUUUUGCUGGGAUAAAUGAUCGGGAGGCAGAGGACGUAGAGGAACAUGGUGCUAAUUCUCAGGUAAAUGUCUCUGUACAUGUACUCUCACACGGAACCAUGUACACAAUACCAAACAUUGAAAAGGAUGCUUGGGAGGACGUUGACCCAGAUGAACUUUCAUACGAGGAAUUACUGGCAUUGGGUGAAGUAGUUGGAACUGAGAGCAGAGGUCUUUCAACCGAUACUAUUGCCGGUUUGCCUUCACUCAACUACAAGAUUGGGAGUGAUCAGCAUGGAAGCAAUGAUUCGUGCGUCAUUUGCCGGGUGGACUUUGAGGAUGGUGAGUCUUUAACACAUCUUUCCUGCAAACAUCUGUACCAUCCUGAGUGUAUCAACAAUUGGUUGAAAAUAAACAAGGUUUGCCCAGUCUGUAGUACCGAGGUAUCUGCUUCUGGGAGCAACUUGUAGGAGGAGAUUUGAUACAUGUUCUCCACUUAAAAUUGAAGAAAAGUUGUGCAAGUUGGGGCCUAAUAUUCCCUUAUUUUAAUAGCAUUGCCAUGUUGGGGGAGAUAGUCUUUAUUUCCAGCUCCUUCGUUUUAAAUGUAACAUGUAACUUUUGGAACCAGCUCUCUAGAGUCUAGAUUGACUUUUUUUAAUGGAAUGAAUGGCGUUAAAUUGGCCAGUUUUUU